AUGGUCAACCUCUCGGUCCCCAAGAACUACACUUUUUCUCCCAGCGAGGGAACCCCGCAUCUGACCAUCAAUCACGAUGUCGCCGCAGACCUUGACUCGAGCGGCGCCUUCGAGGGCCCCGAGAAGCUCCUCGAAGUCUGGUUCGCCCCGAGCGCCGCCACGCUGCCCAGCGGCGCCCGUCCCAAUGGCUUGAAGAGCGUCUCCUGCGAGACCUGGGUCGGCAUGCUCGACAUGGUCAACUGCAAGAUCCUCUCGGUCCUCGAGUCCGAGGCCGUCGACGCCUACCUGCUCUCCGAGUCGAGCAUGUUUGUCUUCCCCCACAAGCUCAUCCUCAAGACGUGCGGCACCACGACGCUGCUGCUGGGCCUCCAGCGCCUGCUCCACAUCGCUGCCGCCGACGCGGGCUUCCCCUUUGACAAGGCCGCCUCGGUCGACGACAUCCGCGCCGCGGCCAUCCCGUACCGCGUCUUCUACAGCCGCAAGAACUUUCUGUUCCCCGACGAGCAGCGCGGCCCUCACCGCAGCUGGAAGCAGGAGGUCAAGUACCUCGACGACUCGCUCGAGGGCGGCGGCAGCGCCUACAUGGUGGGCAAGAUGAACGGCGACCACUGGUACCUGUACAUCACUUCGCCCAACCAGACACUCACCCCGCCCCUGACCCCCGAGUCGGAGGUGCACGGCCAGCCGACGCCGGAGUACUCGGUCGCCUCGACCGGUGCCAACACGCCCGGCGCCAACCUCAACGACGAGACUCUCGAGAUCCUCAUGACGGACCUCGACCCCGAGAAUGCCAAGCAGUUCUUCUUAUCCGACGCGAGUGCGGUCGCGACGGACAAGAUGGCUGCAGAGGCCCGGGCGGCUCGCCAGGCGGCCAUGGACAGCCUGGGCGACCUGUCCACCCCACCCGAGGAGGUGGACGUGUUUGAGAUUGAGAACUGCGGCGACUCGGACUUGGACGAGGCCAAGGCCAAGCUCACCAGCGCGACCAAGGAGCUCACCACCGAGGAGCUCACCACCGAGGGCCACGCCCUGGGCACCGUCGUCUCGGAGAACUGCGGGCUGUCCCAGGUCUACCCGACGUCGGUGUACCCGGACGCCCGCGUCGACGCCUACCUGUUCAGCCCUUGCGGCUUCUCUGCCAACGGCGUCAUCCCGGCGCCCGCGUCGGCCGAGACGGACCAGCACAACUCGACGCACUACUUCACCGUCCACGUCACCCCUGAGCCGGGCUUCUCGUACGCCUCGUUCGAGACCAACGUGCCCAGCGGACAGAAGGGACGCACCACGGCCGAGAUCAUUGAGCACGUUGUCGACAUCUUCCGCCCGGGCCGCUUCAGCGUCACCCUCUUCGAGGCCAAGGGCCAGGGCGCCAACCCCUACGGUAUGGGCGACGGCACCCUGAAGAACCUGGCCAUGCAGCGCCUCGUCGACCCCGUGCGCGGGUACCGCCGCGUCGACCGCAUCGUCCACGACUUUGAGGACUACGACCUCGUGUUCCGCUUCUACGAGCGCGAGGACUGGCUGGGCGACAAGUCGGCGCGCGUUGGCGAGGUCAACAUGUGA